AUGGAUGCCAUGAAACAAGUAUCUCUACAGUCUGUCCAGGCACUGCUUGUUUUGAGUAAUCUCGACUACGGCGGUGGUCAAGCCCAUCAAUUCUGGAAUUUGAUGGCUCUGUGCAAAAGGAUGAAUACUUCCUUGGGCAUGCGAGACUUGGUGACCAACCAAGGUGACAAUUUCAACAAGCUCUCCACUGUGCCUCCUAGGAUGCUCCCUCUGCCGGACACCAUCAUCGAUCGAGAAGAACGUAUUCGUGCGUACGGGAUGACAGAGAUCUUGGACGGCGCAAGCACACUGGGUGUUGCUUGGAAUCUGGGAAUAUCACCUCCUGAGGGUACCGCAAUAUUGCCCUGCAGUGACUCGAUUUGGAAGUUCCCACAGCACAUUAUCAGUGUAUGGUCCUUUGGUGACUUCCACUUUUCAUCAGCAUUCUCCCUCUGCAUCAUUCUUGUUGCAAGUGAGCUGUGCCAUGUCCACCGCUUCUUGCAGAAGUCGGUCGACACCCGUGUACACGACCAGCGUCUGAAAUGGCAGCAAGAAUCUCAGCAGCUCGAUGAACGACUGACGGCGUGGCGGGGAGAAUUUGUGGCUGCCGUCUGCCUGAUCAAUGCCGAGUAUGUUCAGGAAGAGAGGGCCGAGUUUGACCCCAAUAUCGUGCUGACCAACUGUAUCUUGGACACAGCUGUCAUUGCACUCUUCCAGCGUCUGGCGCCAUCACCAAUAGGUAUUGACAACUACUACGAGGCAUGGCCGUAUGCAACGAAUCGAUGUCUCUAUGCCUGCGACGAUAUGACAGCAAAGAUUCGGCAAGUGCGUGACAAAGAGCUGGAGAAUAGCAGUCCUCACCUCAUAUACUCUAUGUUUGUCGCAGCGAGAUUCUACCUAGUCUAUGCCAAAACAGUGGCAGCAGAUAUACCCCGGAAUUUGCACCUGUUGGCGUAUGCUUUGAGGAUCUGCGGAGAGCGUUGGGUGCUUGCGAGACGAUAUGAGACUGUGAUUCGGACAGCAGUCGCAGAGCACCAUAUGCCUAUUGGCGUUAUGUCUUCUCUGCCAGUUCAAUUCUUUGAUCUGCAAUAUUCGACGCUCGACAUUGACGAAGCGUUGCGAAUAUGGGUGGCUAACAUAAUGCCCAGCGGAGCUUCGGGUCCAGGGAUGGGCGCGUCGGGUGAGCUGAACGGCGUUUCGUAG